CUAAUUCAUUCUUCCAUUCUCCGCUGCUUCGCGGACUCGGUGUAUUGGCGUUUGAAAAAAAAAAAAUUUUCAAGGUCGACGCACACUCUACAAUUUUAACUCCAUAGGCGUACGUUUAUUUUUAAUUAAUAUAAAAAAAAAAUGGAUAACUGUGAUCCGAACGAUGAAUUUUUUGACUCGUUUGAAACAAUGGAUGCAAUUUCCCAAACAAAUCCGUUUCAUUCAACAAACAAUCCUCCUCUUCAUUCAACAAACAAUCCUUUUUUGAUGAAUACUGAACUGGAAAUAAAUACUUGUAGAGAUGUGCCAGGAUUAAAUAUACACAAAACACAAAAACCUGAUUUAGCAGACGCAUUUUUAUCAGCUAUACAAAUAAUAGCAAACAAAAUUACAAGUAGCAACGAAGUGCCUUUAGAAAUAACCUUUAGUGGUUUAGAAACUGAGGACCCUCUAUUUUUUUUACAAGAAUUAGAAAAUUAUUUUAAAAGGUUCAACAUCCCACACAACCGACAAGUGCGAAUCGCUGUAGGUCAGCUUAAAUCAGGAGCUUUAACUUGGUAUGCUCCGUAUCGAGCACUUUCCGAAGGUUGGGAAAUGUUUCGAAGCAAAUUUUUGCAACACUUUAAUAGUCCUUUCAUUCACUCACAAGUGGUAACAGCAUUAUACGGCCAAAAACAAAAAUCAGAAGACGUCGCUAUAUUCAUUUCGCGAAAACGUAAUCUUUUUCACAGAUUGAAUCGGGGCUUAGACGAAAACAACCUAAUUCCGAUUUUAUUAGAACAAAUCAGCCCCCAGAUUCGUGCUCAUUUGCGUACGCAUAAUUUUUUUAACCUAGACCAUAUGAUACAAAUCGCUUCAUUAAUUGAAAAGGAUCUUUCUUCUACAUCCAGAACUCCAACAGUUAAUAACAACCAACCGAAUGUGAAUAGACCUCAAACUCCAUGCCGGUACUGUGCAGAGUGGCAUUUUCACAGAGAAUGUCCGAGGAACCCCUCCAGACAAUUUACUAAUACAAGACAAAACGUUCGACCAGUUGAGCAAUCUAGACAAAAUCCGGAAAACUCGAACAGGGACGCACGGAAUACUGCGAACCUAGCGCCCCUUUCAUAA